GAGCGUCUAAUUGUUGGCCGGACACCAAAAACAGAGAGUGACCGGAUUCCUGAAGGGGAAAUCAUUCUGACCAUCAACGUCUACUACCCUGCUGUUUUUGAGAAGUUUAAUUACAUCAGAUGACUCUGCUGAUGAACCACUUUGAACCCAAAACCUCACCGAGCUCAGAGACGCUAUCUGCUGCAUCAGCGACUUGCAAGUGUGCGGCGACUUCAGCAGGACACCAGACAUGGCUCCAGAUUUCCUCUGCAAGGAUCAUUUCAAGUCCGCCUUUUUUUUCUUUGAGGGAGUUUUCUACAAUGACAUGAGAUUCCCAGAGUGCCAAGACAUCAGUAUAACUACUAUAAAUUGGGCCAAAUCCCAUAACUUCCCACCAUUCACACAAGCCAAGAUGGAGGACACGCUGCUCCAGGAUCUGAAGCUGAAGGUGGGCUUCCCGAUGUACUGCCAUCAGGGGAUCUGUGAACAUCUGGUCAUCACAGACGUCCGGUCGGUGCUUCCAGUGCUGCUCAGCAGCCGCUUUCACUUGAAGAAGGCUCCACCUCUUUUCAUUAGUAGAAGUGGCAUUUCACUGCAGCUCCAGCUGAUGCCAAUAAAGUUGGAUAUGAAGAUAUUUCAGAAUAAGAGCUUUUCUGUUGAAUUUUCAAAGUAAGAAUUUAUGAUUUAUUAAUCAAAGUUUUGUUCUAGUUACUUGAAAACAUUAAAACUUAAAAAAAAUCCCAAUUUUAUAUAAAUAUUUUUCAUACAAUUUAUCUAAAAUGUAAUAAUUUUCUAUUUUAAAUUUGUAAAUCAAAUAGCUUUAGUUCUUUGACAGUGACACUGAGACUCAGCACCAAACCAAAGGUAGAAACACAUGAACCACAGUGUGUGAAGGACUGAGGUACUCAAUGAUUAACAAAAAUACAAACAAAUUUGUCAAAUGUGUAAACACGUUCUAUCUGCAAUUAAUUUGUGGAAACUUCUCACUUGAAACCCGGCACAAUACUUCUGGGUUACACCAAAUUGAUCACUCACAUGAACCAGUUGGGUAAAUCUAUUGUUUUUUUUAUCUUCUUAUUCCUUUUAUUUUGGGCAAAUCUGUUGUUGACUUUUGACUUACUGUUGACUUAUUAUUGAUAUAUUAUUAUUUAUUACUAUUGACUUUGAUUUGAUUUUAUUAUUAUUA